GCAUUCCUCAGCGCCCCCACUGCUCUCCUUCAUAGCCUGUCCAGACUGGUGCGAGAACUUAUCUGCAUUACCGUGUAGCUACUUUGGAAUCACUAACUUCCCGAGGGAGGCUCCCAGAUUAUUACUUACCUUUACUUUUCACUGCAAGAACUGCAUCGCAUUUUAAAGCAGAGGAAAAGAACGCUUAUAUGAAUCUGCGUUUAUUUUUUGUGGGGCAUCGUGGUGAAAAUGAAGCUUCACUUUCAUUGGCUUGCAUGGAUCUUGUUUUUGCUCGACAACGGUGUGUCUGGUGUUGAUUCAGUGGGAGUGUCCGUGUCUGUCAAUGAGGGAGAUUCAGUCACUCUGAACACUGGUGUUCAAACAAACCAACAAGAAGAGAUUAAAUGGUAUUUCAGCAACACUCGCAUCGCUCAGAUCAGUGGAGAUCUCAGUUAUAACUGUACAGAUGUUCAGUGUAAUGAAGGUACUGAGAGAUUCAGAGACAGACUGAAGCUAGAUCAUCAGACUGGAUCUCUGACCAUCACAAACACCAGAAACACAGACUCUGGAGAUUAUGAACUGAAGAUCAUCAUCAGCAGCAGCAGCAGUGAAAAGAUCUUCAAUGUUACUGUCAUUGGCGUUUCUGCUGCUGAACGAGAAGAAGUAAAUAAAAAUCAGGGAGAAGAUGUCAUUUUAGGUGUUGGUGAAAUAAGAAAACCAAAUGAUGCAGUGACGUUGUAUUUUAAUGAGAUUCUCAUCACUGAAAUCACUGGAGAUCAGAGUAAGAUCUGUACAGAUGAUCAGUGUGAUGAGAGAUUCAGAGACAGACUGAAGCUGGAUCAUCUGACUGGAUCUCUGACCAUCACAAACACCAGAAACACAGACUCUGGAGAAUAUAAACUGCUGAUCAACAGCAAAAGCAGCAGCUUCAACAUCAACAGAGUGAAGAGAUUCAAUGUUUCUGUCACUGGUUCAGGCCUGUCUUCAGGUGCUGUAGCAGGAAUUGUGGUUCUGCUAUUGGUUGCAGUUGUAACUGCUGGUGUGAUUUACUAUCGCCGCAGGAAUGAGAAUAAUUCUGAUCCAAAAGAUACGGGACGGGACGAGACUUGGCCCGAGGCUGUCAAUAAAAUGAUGUAACAUCAGGCUUUCUUUGAAAUGAUGGAAAUGAUUCAAAUGGAUGAAGAGAAGUAGAUCUUUCUUCAGAGUAAUUGUGCCACGAUUGCAAGAUUAAAUUAAAAUUUUAGAUUUAAAUAUCACUUUAAAAACUGAUUUGUUCGAAUUUGCUUCUAAUGGAUUACAUGAUGUAGCAUCUCAUAAUCUAAUAACUGCACAAUGUAAAAACUGCACAUAAUGUAAUAAGUAUUAUAUUAUUAUUGUAAUAAUAAAAUGUUCAUUUUCUCAAAACACCAUAAAAUCUUGAGCUCAUAAUGUAAUAACAAUUUU